CCUCAAGUCACAUGGCCAUACCAUGGGAUGACUGCGCCACUGCCGUCCAUCCACCCCCGCAGCAUGGGUACCUGCAGUGCACAGGGGAAGAGGGGGAAGGAGGAGGAGGAGGAGGAGGAGGAGGAGGAGGAGGAGGAGGAGGAGGAGGAGGAGGAGGAGGAGGAGGAGGAGGAGGAGGAGGAGGAGGAGGAGGAGGAGGAGGAGGAGGAGGAGGAGGAGGAGGAGGAGGAGGAGGAGGAGGGCGGGGAAUGAAGACAGAAGUGGUUGCAGGAAAAGAAACAAGAUGCAGCCAAAGACCAGAAAACGCCAAGAGGAGCAGCAGGUAGGAAGAACUUUUUCAACCAGUGCGCUUCUGAGGAAAUCAUGCGUAAGCUCUCCUAUCAAAGACUCGACCAGCAAAGAAUUAAACUCAGGCUUAGCACGCCAUGGUGCUUUUCUCCAGUUAGUCGGAGGCGUGCUGCCGAGCUCAGUAUCACGAAAUGAGGCCCCAAGUCGUGCUUGUUCAGUCACUGAGCAUCUCGGUCAGCUUCGGCUGGCAAUGCCUCAAUCUGUCUCUCCGAGAGGGGCGAAAUCCGACGCUUCCAGCUUUGAAUCACCGAAGCGGAGGCGCUCCUCUGGGCUGCGUAGUGAAACGGAACUAAAUCCGAAAAGAGUAUUUACUGAAUCAUCCCUCAGAAUGCUUCACGCGGACCAAGAAACUUCCUCUGACGACCGGACCUUCGUGGACUCGAUAUUUUCUGCGCACUCACCACGAGAUCCUCGAAGGCAACGCCUCCUUGUGUGCGGUACACGGAGUCAGGUGGAUGCGGAAUCAUUGCAGAGAAGGUUUAUAACAACCGAGCCAGCAAUCAUGAGCUGAGGCUCUCAUGCAUCUCUACAGAACUUCGCUUAUCCAAUGAGCCAAGCAGCAAGCGAGAGACGCCAACUCUGCAUCUGCGAGGAAGUGGAAGAACUACUAUAAGUCGAUUCUCGGACCUGGAGGUCUUCAACAAGGACUGGGUCGUGGAAGGAGCUCUGGGUCUGGGCCAAAGCAGUCCAACCAAGGUCCUAGAUAGUGCUGAGAAUGACCUGCAUAACUUUUGCGGAACCGAUCAACUUACACCUUCAGCUGACGUGCAACCACAUGUCCCUCCAUUUAUCACUGCACCUACUCAGUUCAACAUUCCAGUGGUCAGCAGCAGCACCCCAGUUCAGGAAUUACAGCCAGCUUGUGGUUUGACACACAACAA